AUGUUGUCUUUUAUGGGGCCACAGCAGGGGCGGAUUAUUCAAGCCUCGUAUGAUGGGUGGCAACUAAAUCUCCAAUACUCUCAACUUUGGAGUUUUCGUGAUGAAAAAACAGCACCCCUUGAGAUGUUCGUUCGGUACUUCAUCGCACAACCGAAUAUUUCCAAUCAAUACGGCCAGCACAAAAAGCACAAAAAGCACGAAAAAAACGAAAAAAACGAAUAA